GUGGUGAAGAUCCUAGAAAAGCAUGAUCCCCUGCGCAGCAACUCCACCCUGCCCUCCCUGAGUGUCAUCAACCUCAGCGCUGGCUCUAGCGGCGGCCCUCGUUUUGGCACCAUCCCCGGAGAUGAAGCGAGUGCGGUGCAGAACUAUGUGGAGCACAUGCUGUUCCUGCUCAUGGAGGAGGAGAGCGGUCAGGCCGGAGCCAUGGGCCCGAUCCUGGAGUUUGUGGUCAUGGAGAACGUGAUGGAGCGUCUCUUUGUGUGGAGCCUCCGCAGGGAGUUCACAGACGACAUGAAGGUGGAGCAGCUAAAGAUGUACGAGAUGCUGGUGGGCCAAGCGCACCAGCCUCUGCUGCAUCACAAGCCCAUCCUGCGGCCACUCAUGAUGCUGCUGUCGUCCUGUUCAGGCACCGCAGCGCCAGAGGUGGAAGCCGAGCUGGUGCUGCUGCUCAACCAGCUGUGCUGCGUUCUGGCAAAGGACCCUUCAAUUCUGGAGCUGUUUUUCCACACAAGUGAGGAUCAGGGAGCCACCAACUUCCUCAUUUUCUCCCUGCUCAUCCCCUUCAUCCACAAGGAGGGCACGGUGGGCCAGCAAGCCAGAGAUGCACUGCUGCUCAUUAUGUCGUUGUCUGCUGAGAAUGAGCGAGUGGCCAAACACAUCGCAGAAAAUACCUACUUCUGUCCGGUGCUGGCCACAGGGCUGAGCGGUCUGUACUCAUCUCUGCCCACCAAGCUGGAGGUUCCCAGUGAGGAGUGGCACUGCCUGCACAGAGAGGACUGGCUCCAGAUGCCGUCCCUCAUACAGUUUCUCAACUCACUGGAGUUCUGCAACGCUGUUAUUCAGGUGGCGCACCCUGAUAUCAGAGAACAGCUAGUUAGCUACAUCUACAAUGGAUUCCUUGUGCCUGUCCUAGCACCAGCUCUGCACAAGCUGACUCUAGAAGAGGUUAUGACCACCACAGCGUAUCUCGACCUCUUCCUGAGGAGUGUCUCUGAGCCGGCCCUGCUGCAGACUUUCCUCUCCUUCAUCCUCCUCCACCAACAUGAGAACGUCCACAUUUUAGAUACUCUAGUCAGCCGCAUCAACACCCCCUUCCAGUUGGGCACCGUGUCACUGGCACUUUUCCGCACUCUCAUUGGCUUAUACUGUGAAGAUGUGAUGCUGCAGCUCAUAUUGAGGUACCUGAUCCCCUGUAAUCACAUGAUGUUGAGUCAGAGACGUGUUGUAAGGGAGAGGGACUGCUACUCUGUGUCAGCAGCUAAGAUCCUGGCAUUAACGCCGUCCUGCUGCUCUCCUGAUCACAGCCCCCCGCCCCUCCGACAGCUGGACUCCAUCCUCUUUUCCAAGGGGGCAGAGAUUCCCAGCAACACCAGUGCCACCGAGAAGAAAAAGAGCUUCUUAGAAGAGGAUGAUGACUCAGGUAAUUCCUGCACCAUCGGCUCAGAAAUCUACCUGGAUGUCAGUUACCUUCAUUACCUCUAUGAUGCCCGUCUGAGCAUCAGCAGCUGCAUAAGGGCCUGCCAGGUUUGGUCAGCCCGGUACGACGGUGAGGACCCCCCUCCUGAGAAAUACCAGCCCGGCGUCCUCGAGGAUCCAGGGCUGAAGAGUCUGCAAGCCCAGAUGGCUCUCAAGAAAGUUCCACAGCUGCUUGCUCUGCGCCCUCAACCCUGCCCGGCGCCGAAUACAGAGCCACCCUCCACCAACCAGCUGGAGCUGGAGUGGGAUGAUAGUUACGAUGCGUGCCCGGUGCAGGCUGCUGAGGCUCCUGUGGAGAGUAAACGUCCGCAGCAGCCUCCUGCUGAGCCCCCAAAACACAUCCAGAUGAGGAAAACAGCCAUCAUGUUGGUAAAAGGCUCAUAUAUUGAGGAAAAUGAGUUCCAGGACGACGUCAUGGUAUAUGAUCUUGUUGCCAAGAAAGAUGCCAGAGAUGUCGAGCGCGGAAAGCUCACCUCCAACGGGUCUGAAUCAGAAGAAACCCAACCAGGCACUGUUGAUGUUCCUCUAAUAAACGGACUCAGUCUAACGCUUCCAACCUCUCUGAUGGCCACAAAGGCCAAAGUUCAGACAGAUUGUAAUUCCAACGUCCAAAACAACACUGCCGCUGAUUUGGGUGACGACCUUUUGGCUCAAUAUGAAGACCUCAUUCGUGCAUUGGACACAGAAGCAGGUGGAAAACAGGACAAAACCGACGGAGAGUUGAAGCCUGUCACACCUGUGGUGGUGGAGGAGGAAGAGGAGGAUGAGAUGGAUUUCACCUCCUUCUCUGCUGAGACACCCGAGACAGAGAAACUGCAUUCGCCGUUUGGGACCAAGUUUCCCUCUGGAAGUGCAGGGAGAGGCCAUUCAGUGCCUUUUACAGGUCCAUUUGUCAGUGUGCUCUUGUCUCGCAUGGAGAACAUGCUGUCCAACUCGCUUCAUGUCAACCUGUUGUUGACGGGCAUCCUGGCCCAGUUGGCGACCUACCCUCAGCCUCUCCUGCGCUCUUUUCUCCUCAACACCAACUUGGUCUUCCAGCCGACUGUUCGCUCUCUUUACCAGGUAUUGGCUACCGUGAAGCACCAGAUAGAAGACUUGGCUGCCACCAGAAAAGACUUUCCAGAGCUGAUCACUGCCGCCCAACACUGGCUGCUGGCCAGGGAAACUUCAUUCAUGUCAGCAGACAAAAGCAGCAGCAAACACUCCACCCACGGUGAGGCGGGAAGGAUCUUGAAGAGUUCACCGCCACAAAAACCCAAAGCCAUCUCUCUGGAUCGGACAGAAGUCUUCGCUACCGUCCUCUUCACGGAGUUCCUCAAAGAACUGGCUGCUAUUGCACAAGAGCACUCCAUCUUAUCAUACAUUCCUAUGGAAGAGUGAUCGUGUCCCAGUAGGCUUCUGUGAUGAGUCCAAGUAAACUCUGAAAGAUUUUUAAAGACUCCUUCUUUUUUUGGUGCUUUUGAUGCACUUACU